AUGUUUCCUCCAGGCAGCCUUGUUCUGACAAAGAUAAAAGGGUUCCCCGAGUGGCCCUCGCGCGUAAUUGACUAUGAGCAGCUUCCGGAGAAAAUACGCAACAUGAAGCCGGGCUCUGCGCCCGGUAGAAAGCGCCGGCGUGCCGCCUCCGAACCGCAACUCGUGUGCGUCAAGUUUUAUGGCGACGACGAGUAUUUCUGGUGCACAGAAAAGGAUCUCAAGCCUCUGACCGACGAUAUGGUCACGGAGUACCUCGUCAAGAAGGGUGAAUUGCCCGACUCGGACGGCAACUUCCGUGCCAAGCGUGCCUCCAAGGUUUCCAGUCUGACCAACGCCUAUUUGUGUGCCAACAACAAGGACGUCUCGCCGCAGGACUUUGCGUUGUAUGGCAGUUAUGGAAGAGUGGGGGAGGAGGACGAGGAUUACGUGGAGGAGGCUGAUGAGGAGGAGGAAGACGAGGAAGAAGACGAAGAAGAUGAAGAGGAAGAGGAAGAGGAGGAGGACAGCGACUCCGACGAGGAGGCGUAUGGAAGGUCCACCAAGAGGAAACACAACGGGUCGCACGGGGCUAGAAAGAAAGCAAAGGUGGAGAUUGUUGAGGACCUUGACAGCGACUGGGGGCUGGAGUCUGACGUGGAGGACGCCGGGCUGGAGAUCCCGUCGCUGAACAGCGUCGAGCUGGUCGACGAGGUCAAGAAAAGUACCAAGUUUUUCGGCGACAUAAGGGUCCAGAUCCAGAAACUCGCGUUUCCAACAGACACGCCUGUGGACUACGCCAAAACAGGCAAGGAGCUCGAGCCGCUGGUCAACAAACUGUCGGGCUACAGGCCUGUUUCGCGGGCUGUGCUCAAAUCGACAAACAUCGCAAAGGUGCUGGUGUUGUUACUGAAAAAGCCGGAGUUUGCGCGGCUCAGGGUGGCCAAGAAGAUCGGUACAGUGCUGAAAAAUUGGCUCGAUCUGCAUGUCGAGCCUGACCCGCACUGGGGUGACGACUACGAGCCGAGCUCGGAGCCGGAGGAGGAGCAGAAGGAGGCGCCUGCCGACGAGAUCAAGCAAGAGCCUACUGACCAGUCGGUGCCUGCUGCCAACGGGGAGUAG